AAAGCCUGUCUGCUGGACACUCUUGAGGAGUUGCGAGAUGAAAAACUGGCCUCUCGGUUGACAGGCACUCAAGCAUUGUUGCCGUGGGUACCUCAUGAGAAAAUAAUUUUCUUAGCUGGCUAAUAAGAAAUGAAGCUGUCCAUGGAUGAAGCUGUACUUCAAGAUCAAGCCCCUUCUGAAGAGUUCAGAUAGUGAAAAGGAGGUGGAGAAGAUGGAGGACUUCCUCACAUGUAAGGAGGACCCGGCAAAGGCAGAGGCCAAGAGAAAGGAACUGGAGGAGAAGAUGGUUUUUCUGUUCGCGGAGAAACAAAACCUCAUGUCACAAGUUCAAUCUAAGCCAGCGGCCACCAGCCCUGCAGCGGGGGAUGAGACUGAGAGUGUCCCUCUUCCCCAAGGCUGGAGAUGUUACAUGUCACCCGAGGGAUGCAGGUACUACGUCAACACCGGCAGCAAAGAAACAACAUGGGAACGGCCCUCCGCUACUUAUGGAACCCCAGUGAGACCACCGGCACAAAGGAACUCCUUAUCAGAAGUCAAUGGAACACCUUACACCACAGGAAGUGCUAUGCAUCCCACGGACCCCCCUGGCGUGCCCCUACGGAGAGCCACUAUGGACAAACAGAACCCGGGGAACAAUUCACCAGCCAAGAGGCAGAACAAGGAGAUCAAGGAGACCAAGAUAACAAUCAACUGCGUCACCUUCCCGCUGCCCAGUGUGACGCCAGAUCAGCCAGAGCAGCAGCUACUGAAGCCCAAUGAGUGGAGCUACUGUGACUACUUCUGGACUGACAAGAAGGACCCCCAGGGGACCCCCUCUGUGGGCGGCUUUGAGGUGCUGCUGCAGAAACAGCUCAAGGGCAAACAGAUGCAGAAAGAGAUGGCUGAGUUCGUCCGGGAGAGGAUAAAGAUUGAAGAUGAAUACUCUAAGAACCUCUCCAAGCUCUCCCAGAGCCCCUUGGCUGCUCAGGAGGAAGGAACCCUUGGGGAAGCUUGGGCCCAGCUGAAGAGGAGUUGUCAUGACGAGGCUGAAGUCCACCUCAAGUUCUCCAACAAGCUCCAGUGUGAGGUGGAGAAGCCCCUGCUGACGUUCAGAGACAACUUCAAGAAGGAGUUGAAGAAGUACGAUCACCACAUCAUAGACCUCAGGAAGCAGCUGGCCAGCCGCUAUGCAGGCGUGGAGAAGGCCCGUAAAGCCCUGGCAGACCGGCAGAAAGAUCUGGAGGUGAAGACCCAGCAGCUGGACAUCAAGCACAUGAACAAACACGAGGAAGACAUCAAGAAGGCCCGGCGGAAAUCCACACAAGCAGGUGAUGACCUCAUGCACAAUGUGGACCUGUACAACCGGGCCCAGUCCAAGUGGUUUGAGGAGAUGGUCACCACAAGCCUGGAGCUGGAGAGACUUGAGGUUGAGAGGGUGGAGAUGAUACGACAACAUUUACGCCAGUACACAACGCUGCGACAUGAAACUGACAUGUUCAACCAAAGUGUGAGCCAUGUGUCCAUUUCACUUACGACGGUGGAGCCAGUGGAUCAGCUGCUUCAGAGUGUGGACCCAGCCAAAGACCGAGAGCUGUGGGUGCAGGAGCACAAGACCGGGGAGCUCCGCCCUGUGGACAUGGACAUAUAGUCAACUACACUGACGUACCUCAAGCAGCCAGAGGCAACACCUCCACCUCCAUACUGUCAGAAUCCCAGGCCUCUCACAGAACAUUCCAACUACAGCUACAGGUGCAGGUGCAUGUAUGUUCAGGAUAAGGUGAGGCCUGUACAUUCUGUCUAUGAUGACAUCAGAAUAGCACAAUGUUAUCACAGUGAUAACUGGAGAAAAGAUAGCAUUCCCAAUGCAGUGCUUUUGAACCGACAAUGGAAAAACAAGAGACAGAUCAAUAGUCCAGAUACCAGCAUGUUACAGUAAUACAAUGUUUGAUGGUUUUACUCUGUAUAAUGAAUGCCACUAAACAAGCUUAAACAAUCAUUUGUUUUUUUAAUCUGUUGUAAAAUUAGAAGUUUACACUAUUAAGAAGGAUACAUUUUUAUGUAUUUGAGGAAUAGAUUGGAUGCAUUGUAAAACCUUUUGGCAUAUAAACUGAACAACUAAUUAUUAACAUUUCACUUUAUUUUAGAUACUGGAAUAUGAAACAUUAUGUGAUAUCCUAUAUUAAAUAUGAUAUAUUUUCAUAUUUACACCCAUUCAUUUUACCUGUCAAGAUAUGCAUGUUUUGGGAAAAUAUCUUACAUUUACUGUAUAUGGUUAAGUGCACAUUUGUGAAAUAUGAUGGCUGUCUUGGCACUGUAGUACAAUGUAUAUGGGAUGUGUUUACAGAAAGUAUAUACUCCAAGUUACUGCACUCAAUGAACAGGAGUGAAUCAACUCAUUAAGGUGUGUUAUGAACAUGAAUUUAUGUACAACAACCUCUCUCAAAGUUGAAUAGGGUAAGAUGUUUAGGAUUGUGAAACAGCCUCGUGUGGCAGAUUGGAACAUAGGCCUGAGUCUAUUUUGGAUCAGUGGUGAGACGAUGACGACGAUCCAUGUUACAAUGAACACCUUUUAGUGCCUCAAGGUUAUAAACAGUACCUGGAAUGUUCUUGAUAUAUUCUAUUCUGCAUCGGUGUAUAUUUGUAGAUACAAGCUAGAUGUAUUUUGCUGUUAACUGUUUAAGUGGCCUUGCACUUUCGGUCAACUAAAUGUUUGUACCUUGUUGUUUGUCAAUGAAUUAUAACAGGAUAAUAGUCAACAGAUUCUAAAAUCAUUCAUUUAUUUUGCACGGGCACUUUGUGAGUCAACCAUUGCUUAGAGUUGGGAAUUGCUAUUUUGCAUUUAUCCUAAACACACUUUGUGUAUCUAAGAGGAGUGCUCAGUUGGACUCUCCAAGUCACAUUUUAAUGACUCGCAAAGCUCAUCAGAAAAAGUGGUCAGUUGGACUCUCCAGGUCACAUUUUAAUGACUCGCAAAGCUCAUCAGAAAAAGUGCUCAGUUGGACUCUCCAAGUCACAUUUUAAUGACUCGCAAAGCUCAUCAGAAAAAGUGCUCAGUUGGACUUUCCAAGUCACAUUUUAAUGACUCGCAAAGCUCAUCAGAAAAAGUGCUCAGUUGGACUCUCCAAGUCACAUUUAAAUGACUCGCAAAGCUCAUCAGAAAAAGUGGUCAGUUGGACUCUCCAAGUCACAUUUUAAUGACUCGCAAAGCUCAUCAGAAAAAGUGGUCAGUGUUACUUGCACUGGAACCUGUACUCGUCCAUACAUUUCAUACAGUAUGCUAUUAACAGAUACUAGCAUAGCCUUUAGCCAACAUAUCCACCUAAACAAGCGUACAUGAUAUAAAAUACUGCAUGUUUGUGUGUCUGUCUGUCAGUCUGUAUUUUGCCGUCUGUUAGUUAUUCUGGAAGUGUAACAAAGCAGGGAUUUAUUGUGUUUAUGGACCAUCUCCUCAAACUAUCAUUCCUUUCAUAUUCUAAUGUGGAUAGUACAUUCACUAUGCCAAGACAUGCAUACAGAGAAAACAUCUAUUCACUAUAUACAUGCCUUAUCCACAUUGUUUCUAGGUGAGAAAAUAUGAAAAUACCACUGAAAUGAUUUGCAUUAUUCUAUCCCAAAGGAAUACAGAUUGAAAUGUUGUACUUAUUGUAUAAGGUAUCCUGCUACAGUAUGUGUCAAUGUUACAUGUGUUAUGGUAAAGUUCUUACAUUAGAAGUUCAUGUACUUAACUUCACCAGUCAUUUUGUAGUAAUGUUAAUGUUGAUUUAAUUGCCUUUUGUUAACUGAUUUCCAUUUCUCAUGUACAUCAAUUCAAAUGUUUCCAAUCUUUAAAGAAAUAUCAAAUCAUUGGUGACCUUUGUCCAGACAAUAUACUGUAGAAUGCUGUGUCUACAAUAAAUCGUUUCCUUGGAAAUACGA